AUGUCAAGUGAAAUAACAACAACGAAUACUCCUAGUACAACCGACGUAGCGACACAUGAAAAUGACAUUGCUGUUACAAAUCUAUUAGUUUUAAGAAUAAAUUCUAUUCCUGAAAGUAUUGGAUCAGCAAUUAAUGAUUCUUCAAUAAAACAAAUAAAUCCUGAUAAAAAAUUAACAAAACCUAUCAUAGCUUGUUUACUAUUUGCUUUGUACACAUGUAUAUCAAUGAUUAUCGCAAUUAUUAUUGUGUGUUUAACUUCUCCAAAACAAACUUACAUAUGUCUACCUACUUAUAAAUUAACAGCUGAAGGUGUAGUUGGAUAUAACUCACGACCUCAUUCCAUUGCUCUCGCAGAUUUUAAUAAAGACAAUAAAUUAGAUAUUGUUGUAGCAAAUUCUGAUAAAGAUAAUAUUGGAAUAUUUAUUCAAAAUUUCAAUGGAACUUUUCAAAAUCAAAUCACAUAUUCAACUAAUUUAAAAUCUUCUCCAUAUUCAGUUAUUGUUAAUGAUUUUAAUCAAGAUAAUUUUUUUGAUAUCGUUGUUGCAAAUUAUGGAAAUAAUAAUAUUGGAAUAUUUCUUGGAGAAAAAAAUCUAACAUUUCAAAAUAUGACAACAUUUUCAACUGGAAAUUCACAUCCAUUUUAUCUUAAUUGUGGAGAUUUUAAUAAUGAUAAUAAAUUAGAUAUUGUUUCUAUUAAUUAUGGAACAAAUAGUAUUAGUAUAUAUUUUGGAUAUGGUAAUGGAAAAUUUUCAAAUGAAACAAAUUAUUUUCUAGGAUAUGAUUCAAUUCCGUAUUCAUUAUUUAUUGCUGAUUUUAAUAAUGAUAAAUUCUUAGAUUUAGCUAUUACAAAUUAUGGUACAAAUAAUAUAGCUAUUCUUUUUGGAAAUGCUUCUGGACUAUUUUCUACACCAAUAAUCUAUUCGACUUAUUAUGGAUCACAACCAUCUUCAAUUACUGCUGCUGAUUUAAAUGAUGAUAAUAUACUUGAUUUAAUUGUUGCUAAUUCAGGUACAUUUAAUAUAGGCAUAUUUUAUGGUUAUACAAAUGGAAGUUUUCAACAACAACAAAUGUAUAUUCUUGAUGAUAUAUCUCGUCCACAAUUUGUUACUGUUGGUGAUAUAAAUAAUGAUAAUCAAGCAGAUAUUAUUAUUUUAGAUUCAACAAAUGGAUAUGUACAAGUACUUCCUGGAUUUGGCAAUGGAACUUUUAAUAAUUUAACUACAUAUUAUAGUGAAGAUGACACUCUUCCAUUUGCAGCAGUUAUUGGUGAUAUUAAUAAUGAUAAUCAAUCAGAGAUUGUUAUUGUUAGUUAUGAAGCAAAUAUAGUAGUGAUUUAUACUGGUUAUUCAAAAUUAUAUUCUGUUACUAAAAAACAAUAUUCUGUGGGACAUGAUUCACAUCCAACAUUUGUUGCUUCUGCUGAUUUUAAUUCUGAUCAACAUUUAGAUAUAGUUGUUACUAAGACGAAUAUUGAUAGUAUAGGAAUAAUGGUUGGAUAUGGAAAUGGCAGUUUUUAUCCAGAAAUAUCUUAUACAUUUGAAAGUCAAAGUUCUCCAACUUGUUUAUGUAUUGGAGAUUUUAAUAAUGAUGGUCGAUCGGAUUUAGCAGUAUCGAAUUAUGGUACUCAUAAUAUUGGUAUACUUCUUGGGAUUGGAAAUGGAACUUUUACAAAUAUGACAACAUAUCCAACUGGUAAUGAAUCUUUUCCAAUUUAUGUUGUUAAUGGAGAUUUUAAUAAUGAUCAUAUAUUAGAUAUUGCUGCUGCUAAUUUUCGUAUUGAUAAUGUUGCUAUUUUUUUGGGAUAUGGUAAUGGAAGUUUUACUAAUGCAGUAACCUAUUCAACUGGUCAAAAUUCUGAUCCAAGUGCAAUUUUUGUUGCAGAUUUUAAUUCUGAUAAUCAAACUGAUCUUGCUAUUGCAAAUUCUGGUACUGGUAAUGUUGGUAUUCUUUUUGGAAAGGGUGAUGGAAGUUUUCAAUCUAUUAUUACUUAUUCAACAGGUUUUCAAUCUCAUCCAGAUUCAAUAAUUUGUGGUUAUAUUGAUAAUGAUACUUAUUUAGAUAUUAUCAUAGCUGAUUCUAGUUCAGACAACAUUGCUAUUUUAUAUGGAUCUGAAAAUGGAACAUUUGGAAUAGUAGAAUCAUAUACAGAUAUUACAUUUUCGAAUCCAUCUGGAUUAGCUUUAGGUGAUGUUAAUUAUGAUAAUUAUCUUGAUAUUAUUAUUACAAAUUUUGGUACUGAUAAUGUUGGAAUUCUUACAGGAUAUAAUAAUCGUAGUUUUAGUUUAGGUAGAUCAUAUCCACUUUCUAUUGGAUCUAAUCCUAAAGGUGUUGCUUUGGGUGAUUUUAAUAAUAAUACUCGAUGGGAUAUUUUUAUUGCUGAAUCAGGUAUUGGAACAAUAAAUUAUUUAGUUAGAUAUAUUUCUGCUGAUUUUCAAAAUAUACUAACAUAUUCAACUGGCAUUAGUAUACAUCCGUAUGCAGUUAUUAUUGCUGAUUUCAAUAAUGAUAAUAAAUCCGAUGUUCUUUCUGUUAAUUCAGCAACUGAUACUAUUGGAAUUUUUCUUAACUAUGGCAAUGGCACAUUUACAGCAGAGACAAUGUUUUCUGUUGGACAAGGUUCACAUCCCGUAUAUGCUGCAGUUGCUGAUUUUAAUCAAGAUAAUAAACUUGAUAUUGCAACUGCUAAUUCAUAUAAUGAUAGUAUAAGUAUAAUUUAUGGUUUUGGUAAUGGAAGUUUUACUAAUUUAACAAAAUAUUCAUUAGAUAUUGAUUCACAACCGAAUUCAAUAGCUAUUUGUGAUUUAAAUGAUGAUGAUGUAUUAGAUUUUAUUAUUGCUGAGACAGGUCGAGAUAGUAUUGGUAUACUUCUUGGUUAUGAAUAUAAUGCAUUUGAAGAUCAAAUAACUUAUUCAAAUGAAUUUAGUUUAAAACCAUCAUCAAUAAUAUCUCGUGAUUUUAAUAAUGAUAGUUAUUUAGAUAUUGCUGCUACAUUUGCUGCGAAUGAUAGUGUUGGUAUUCUUUUUGGUUAUAAUAAUGGAUCAUUUCGUGAAUUAAUUAUGUAUUCAGUUGGUUAUAAUUCAUAUCCAUAUGAAAUUGUUAGUGCAGAUGUUAAUAAUGAUAAUAUCUUAGAUAUUAUUGUAGCAAAUGCUGGUUCAAAUACUAUUGGUGUUCUAUUAGGAUUGAAUAAUGAAAUAUUUGCACCUGUAAUGACAUUUUCUACUGGAAAUAAUUCAAGUCCUUAUGGUGGUGCUGCAGGUGAUUUUAAUAAUGAUAAAAAUAUAGAUUUUGUUGUUGCAAAUUAUCUUGGUAAUAGUAUUGGUGUUUUAUUAGGAUAUGGAAAUGGAUCGUUUGCUACAGUUGUAACAUAUUCAACUGAAGAUGGCUCACGUCCACAAUCAGUUUCUAUUGGUGAUUUUAAUGAAGAUGAUAUAUUAGAUAUUGUCGUAGCAAAUUAUCGUCUAAAUAAUAUCGGAAUUUUUCUGGGGAGGGGUGAUGGAAUUUUUGAAAAUCAAAUUACAUAUUCAACUGGAUAUAAUUCCAUGCCUACAUUUAUUAUUGUUAAUGAUUUUAAUAAUGAUAAUAAAUCUGAUGUUGUUAUUUGUAAUACAAAUACGGAUGAUAUAGGAAUUUUCUAUGGAUAUGGAAAUGGAACAUUUACAUCAGUUACAUUAUAUUCAACUGGAGAUGGUACUAGUCCUCAUGCCAUACGAUCGGGGGAUUUUAAUAAUGAUAAUUCAAUGGAUAUUGUUGUUGCAAGUCCUGGAACAAAUCGUAUAUUGAUACUUUAUGGAUCAGGUAAUGGACAAUUUUUAGUAGGACCCACUUUUUCAACUGGAUCAAAAGCUGGAACAAUAUCAUUGGCUGUAGGUGAUUUCGAUGGAAAUGGUCUAUUAGAUGUUACAACUGCUAAUUAUUUAGGAAAUAACAUUGGUGUACAUAUAAGUUCUGGUUAUCAACAUUUCGGACGUGAAACGAUAUAUCCUACUGGUUCUGGAUCAGCUCCAUAUGCAGUCGCUAUUGGCGAUUUUAAUCAUGAUAAUCAAAGUGAUUUAGUUGUAGUUAAUUAUGGUACAAAUAAUAUAGGUAUUUUCUUUGGUUUUGGAAAUGGAACGCUGAGUACAAUAGUUUUAUAUUCAAUGGAAAAUAAUGCUCACCCAACAGCAGUUGCUAUUGCUGAUUUAAAUCGUGAUAAUAAUUCGGAUAUUGCUGUUGUUAAUUUUGAUUCUAAUAAUAUAUAUGUUUUUCUUGGAUCUGUUAAUGGAAUCUUUUCUCUUGUAACAAUAUAUUCAACUGGUUUAAAUUCCUAUCCAUAUGGCAUUACAAUUGGUGAUUUCAAUAAUGAUAAUAUAUUGGAUAUUAUUGCUGCAGUUGCUGGCGCAAAUGAAGUUAUAUUAGUCCAAGGAUAUGGAAAUGGAACAUUUGGAAAUGCAACAUCGUAUACAAUGGGUUAUAAUUUUAGACCUAAUGCAGUUGCUGUUGGAUAUUUCAAUGGAGAUAAUUGGUUAGACAUUGCUGUUGCCAAUUAUGGAGCAGAUUAUAUAGAAAUUCUAUUAAAAACAUGUUAA